AAGAGGAUUUUUUUUUUAUUUAUUUAAAAAGAUUAUUAUUAUCCCUCAGAGUCUGAGUAAGCCCAAUAAUUCCUUCCUCCGUUCUCAUUUUUAGAUACUCUUGUUGCCCUAGAUUUUCUCUCUGUAAGUUCUACCUAGACAAGCAAUGGCUAAUGCAGCUUCUGGAAUGGCUGUGCAUGAUGACUGCAAGUUGAAAUUUCUAGAGUUGAAGGCUAAAAGAACUUAUCGCUUCAUAGUAUUCAAGAUCGAGGAGAAACAAAAGCAGGUUGUUGUGGAAAAGCUUGGUGAGCCAACUCAAAGCUACGAGGAUUUCACUGCAAGCCUCCCUGCUGAUGAAUGUCGAUACGCUGUAUACGAUUUUGACUUCGUGACUGCUGAGAAUUGCCAGAAAAGCAGGAUUUUCUUUAUUGCAUGGUCUCCCGACACGUCAAGGGUGAGAAGCAAGAUGAUUUAUGCAAGCUCGAAGGACAGGUUCAAGAGAGAGCUGGAUGGUAUUCAAGUAGAGCUGCAGGCAACUGACCCGACCGAGGUGGGACUCGAUGUUAUUAGAAGCCGUGCCAACUAAAUGGGGGUCUCCAAGAAGCAGGAAUAAUGGAGAUGGUGAAAUGCAUUUUACUUUUGUUUGAUGUAAAAUGUUAAUAGGUGGUGGGGUGCUAUGAUUUUGGUUUGACGUUACAUUCAGGUCUCUGUCUAGAACAAUUAGCAAUUUCGAUUUAAAUCUUAUGAUUUUUUAUGCAUGCGUGAGGUUAUCAAACGGAAUGUCUUACAAUUGGUAUCUGAUAUUCUUUUGAAUUUUGA